AUGUCAAAUGCUGAGAGUCUCGUUGACAAAAACAUGAACAAAACUGGCAUUGAGAAUCAAAAGAUGAAACAAAAGGACGGGGACGUGGAAAAAGGCCAAAGACAAAUUUCAGUAUCUAGUGUGCCGUGGAGUAAGGUUGUUGUGAUGGUUUUGGCAAUGGGUGUCCUGAUCGCAGCGUGCUCUAUAGCGUGGGCCUUUCAAGACUGGCAGACGAGUCUCCAAGUCCUCGCUAUUCUCGUCAUUGUUUACGUCAUUGCGUUCUAUUGGAGAUGGAUAUGGGUAGCUUUGAGAACGGCGAAGAGGGACUUUUCAGCUUUAUACUGCUACAUUAAAAUUUUAUGGCUGACGAGGUCAUUUUCGAAGAAGAAUUAUUCAAUGCCAGAAAUAUUUCAUAAUGUUGUCUUGCGGCAUCCAGACAAGCCGUGUUUUCUCUUUGAAGACGAGAGUUGGACUUUUAAACAGAUUGAGGAUUUCAGUUUGAGAGUGUCAGCGGUGUUAAAAUCUAAGGGCGUGAAGCGCGGAGACACUGUCGCCGUGAUGGCAAGCAACUAUCCCGAGAUGCCAGCCAUUUGGCUCGGGGCGGCGCGCCUUGGGGCCGUCUGCCCCCUCAUCAACACCAACCAGACCGGCAACACUCUGCUGCACUCCAUCAACGUUGCGAAGUGUGACUUCGUCAUCUACGGGAGCGAAUUCGAUCAUGCUAUCCAGGAAGUGAGAAAAGAAUUAAAAUCAUCCCUAAAGCUAUUGAAGUUCACCCGGCGUCCAUUAAAUCUGUCAGCAGACUCUGUGAAAGUUGUAGAUAGCGAUGAAGAUUUCACGGCUAUUUUGGAGAAUACUUCUCCGGCUGCAUGGAGUCCGUCCGACAGUGAAGGUUUCAACGGGAAACUGUUAUAUAUCUACACUUCCGGGACGACUGGGCUUCCGAAAGCUGCUGUUAUUUCCCCAUCGAGAAUGGUGUUCAUGGCUUCAGGGGUUCAUUAUUUGGGCGGAUUGUCGCCGAAAGACGUGAUCUAUUGUCCAAUGCCACUGUAUCACUCCGCAGGUGGUUGCAUCACUGUGGGUCAAGCCUUCAUUUUCGGCUGCACGGUAGCUCUCAGGACUAAGUUCUCAGCCUCCGCCUACUUCACUGACUGCAUUAAAUUCAAUGCAACGGCGGCUCACUACAUCGGCGAAAUGUGUCGCUACUUACUGGCAACCCCAUCGAAACCAACAGAUAAACAACACAAAGUGCGCACAGUUUACGGCAACGGAAUGAGACCUACUGUGUGGACAGAUUUUGUUAACAGAUUUGGAAUAAAGAGAGUCGUUGAAUUUUACGGAGCUACCGAAGGGAACGCAAAUAUAGUAAACAUUGACAACAAAACUGGAGCCAUAGGUUUCAUAUCGAGAAUAAUUCCUGCUGUUUACCCGAUCGCGAUAAUCAAAGUAGACGAAAACACCGGCGAACCUAUACGAGACUCCCGAGGAUUGUGUCAGGUGGCGAAGGCAAACGAACCGGGCGUGUUCAUUGGUAAAAUAAAUCCAAGUAAUCCUUCAAGAGCUUUCCUUGGCUACGUAGAUAAGCAAGCUUCUGAAAAGAAAAUAGUCAGAGACGUCUUUAGGCAUGGUGAUUCUGCAUUUAUUUCGGGAGAUAUUCUUAUAGCUGACGAACUUGGCUACCUGUACUUCCGAGACCGAACUGGUGACACAUUCAGAUGGCGCGGUGAGAACGUCAGCACCACUGAAGUAGAGGCCGCCAUAUCAAGGGUCGCCGAUCAACGAGACGCUGUCGUGUAUGGAGUUGAGAUUCCAAACACGGAAGGUCGAGCAGGCAUGUGCGGUAUAGUUGAUAUCAACGACAGUCUAGAUCUGGAUAAGCUUGUUAAGGAUAUGGGAAGGGAUUUACCAAAAUAUGCCCGACCUGUCUUCCUGCGCAUCAUGACGAGCCUAGAUAUGACAGGAACCUUCAAAUUAAAGAAAGUGGAUUUGCAAAAAGAGGGUUUUGAUCCAAUUUUAAUAAAAGACAAGAUCUACUACUUAGAACCUAAGUCGGAGAAAUAUAUAACUUUAGGCCCUGAGGAAUAUCAGAAAAUUAUGGCAGGAGAAAUAAGACUG